AUGAUAGAACCGUUGGGAUAUCGACUCAGAAGAAUUGACUCAGAUUAUUCUAAAAAUAACAACAAACAUACGACUCUCUCCCCCUCUCUCAGGGCUAACCUGGAGGCUCUGCAGAAGAAGCUCGAGGAGCUGGAUCUGGACGAGCAGCAGAAGAAGCGCUUGGAGGCCUUCCUUACCCAGAAGGCCAAGGUGGGCGAGCUCAAGGACGACGACUUCCACCGCAUCUGUGAACUGGGUGCCGGCAAUGGCGGCGUGGUGAACAAGGUCUGCCAUAAGCCCUCGGGCCUGGUGAUGGCACGCAAGCUGAUCCACCUGGAGAUCAAGCCGGCCAUCCGCAACCAGAUCAUCAGAGAGCUGCAGGUGCUGCACGAGUGCAACUCGCCCUACAUCGUGGGCUUCUACGGAGCCUUCUACAGCGACGGGGAGAUCAGCAUCUGCAUGGAGCACAUGGAUGGUGGAUCUCUUGAUCAGGUGAUGAAGGAGGCCAAGAGGAUCCCAGAGGAGAUCCUGGGCAAAGUCAGUAUAGCGGUUCUAAGGGGCCUGGCCUACCUCCGUGAGAAGCACCAGAUUAUGCACAGAGACGUAAAGCCCUCUAACAUCCUGGUGAACUCUCGCGGUGAGAUCAAGCUGUGUGACUUCGGCGUGAGUGGGCAGCUCAUCGACUCCAUGGCCAACUCCUUUGUGGGCACGCGCUCCUACAUGUCGCCGGAGCGCCUGCAGGGCACACACUACUCUGUGCAGUCGGACGUGUGGAGUAUGGGCCUGUCCCUGGUGGAGCUGUCCAUCGGACGCUACCCCAUCCCCCCGCCGGAGACCCGUGAGCUGGAGGCCCUCUUCGGCCGACCACUGGGAGAGGGAGAGGCACAGAGCACGUCACCCCGACCCAGACCUCCAGGGAGACCAGUCAGUGGUCACGGGCCGGCCAUGGCCAUCUUUGAGCUGCUGGACUACAUAGUCAACGAGCCUCCUCCCAGACUGCCCCUGGGCGUGUUCACCUCAGACUUCCAGGAGUUCGUCACUAAAUGCCUCAUUAAGAACCCUGCGGAGCGAGCAGACCUGAAGAUGCUGAUGAACCAUACCUUCAUUAAGCGCUCUGAGGUAGAAGAGGUGGACUUCGCUGGAUGGCUCUGCAAGACCAUGGGCCUGAACCAGCCCAGCACCCCUACUCGCAUCACUGACUGAGCCUCACACACACACACACACACACACACACACACUCUCUCUCUCUCUCGCAUAGCGCUAAGUGUCACUCUUUAGCACGCUUAUACAUAUACUCAUGUCAACAGUUACUAACUUGACAGCCUGUGCUCUCGCAGUGUGACACACACACACACACACACACACACACACACACACACACACACACACACACACACACACACACACACACACACACACACACACACACACACACACACACACUUCUCAGUAAUGUCCUGUGAUGAGGCGACUAGCAGACCCCACAGCAUUCAUGCCCCAUUAAUGCAGAGUUCUGAUAGGUUAAUGGACCUGUCAGUCAUAUCCCCAGUUUAUUUCAAGUGGACUGAAAGCUGUGCACUGGUAUAGACUCCUGAAGAGAUGAUGCACAGCCUGUAGCAGGAGCUAGUGCUACUGCUAGUGCUAAUACCCCAUUCCCACGUAUGUCUGAAGGUAUAACACACAGCCUGUAGCAGGAGCUAGUGCUAAUACCCCAUUCCCAUGUACGUCUGAAGGUAUAACACACAGCCUGUAGCAGGAGCUAGUGCUAAUACCCCAUUCCCACGUACGUCGAACACACAGCCUGUAGCAGGAGCUAGUGCUAAUGCUACUGCUAGUGCUAAUACCCCAUUCACACAUAUGUCUGAAGGUAAAACACACAGCCUGUAGCAGGAGCUAGUGCUAAUGCUACUGCUAGUGCUAAUACCCCAUUCACACAUAUGUCUGAAGGUAAAACACACAGCCUGUAGCAGGAGCUAUUGCUAAUGCUACUGCUACUGCUAAUGCUAAUAUCCCAUUCACACGUACGUUUGGCAGAAUGGCUGCUCCUCCGGCCCCCAUGGACUUCUCUUUGGAGUCUAGGGUUAGACAUGUGCUGUGAAGGCACCACAUCAAGUGAUGUUAUCAGGCGUAAUGUCAAUGUUUUAGACACACACACACGCGCGCACACACACACACACACACACGCA